GCGUCGCGGUAGUGUUCCGUCCGGCUGUUAGCGCUGCUUCGAAGGACAAAAAUCAGGAAAUUUCGCCGGUUUUCUGUAAUUUUUUGAUCUUGUUAUUUUCAGUUUAAAUGGAAUGUGGCUUCGUUGACUGCCACUGUCAUAUAUCAGCCUGUGAAUUUGAGGAGGAUCUGGAGGAUGUGAUCCAGAGGACCAGAGAGGCAGGGGUAAAGACUCUGGUUGCAGUUACAGAAGAAGUCACUGAGUUUAACAGAGUUCUCCAGCUGCAAGAACGCUAUCCAGAUCUGGUGGCUCCAUGUUUUGGCAUCCAUCCGCUGCAGGGCGGUGGGGGGCCUGAGCCCCGCAGCGUUACGCCUCAGGACUUGGAUGCUGCCCUGCCACUGUUCUACAAACACAGAGAACACCUCGUUGCCAUUGGAGAGAUUGGGUUAGACUUCACACCGUGGUGUGCUCCCACUCAGCAGGACAGAGACGACCAAAUGACUGUCUUCAUUAAACAGCUCAACGUCGCCAAGGAGCUGGACCUACCUGUGAACGUCCACUCGCGAUCAGCUGCUAAAGUCACCAUAGAGACCAUGAGAGAACAAGGUAUCAGUCGAGCUCUGCUUCAUAACUUUGCGGGGAAGCCAUCGGUGGCUCUGGAAGGAGUGAAGGCUGGUUACCACUUCUCCUUUCCACCUGCCGUCUGCAGGAACCAACAGAGAGACAAGCUGAUCAGGCAGGUCCCACUGGAACACAUCUGUCUCGAAACUGACUCUCCUGCACUGGGGCUCAACCAGCAUGUGAGGAAUGAGCCCGCCAACAUCAUCCUGUCCUGCCAGUACAUCGCAGACGUCAAAGGUCUGUCUCCCCAAACCGUUCAACUCGUCACUGCACAAAAUGCUUACAGACUCUUCCCCAGGGCUGACAGGCACUAACACACACACACACACACACACGUUUCUAAAAGGUGUGGUUUGGUCUGAGGAUGGUUUUGAGGUAAUUCAUGAAAACGGGAACACAUUAAAAGUCAUUAAGAUUCAUCCUGACCGUGAGUGUCAGCAGUAAUGACAGCAGAUAUUUCACUGGUGGUUCACAGAUUUUUUUUUCUAAUGUGGUUUUCAGGCUCUCAACACUGUUUAUAAAUACAGAAUAAAACAGAAAGCUGAAGUUUCUUCCAGCAUGUGUUGUGUUAGCUUGUCAUUGUGCAGUCUACACCAGGUGUGAUUUAUCUGGAAGAGAAGAAAAGAAAGAAACAGACAAAAUGAGUCAAGUGCAGAUUCAUAUAAUGACAUAAGGCGCCCAGUCGUUAAGCCUGUUAAUCACAGUACUAGCUGGUUGUUGUGCCAUACGUUUUUCUGAGAACUGGAGGUCAACUUCCAUCCAGCAACACUCUGAAUGCAGGAAACUGAUAAACUCACAAUUUCCUUUAAACAGUCUUAUUCUAUUUCUUUCAGUUCAUUUUUUUCACAGUUGUAAUUAAAUUAUAAAACAUAGUUUUAUCAAUUUAAGGCAAAUAUCACAGCAUGGCUUUAUGUUCCUUCAUGAAUAAUGAAUGAAAUAAUCCUAUAUAACCAGAGACUGUCGUGACACAGUAAACUCCUGUGCAGAUAUCAGAUUUUCAGGAAUAUAAGAUUUCAAUAGAAUUUCGUAAUAAACCUCCUCACAGCUCUCUUCGAAGUGCCUUCUCUCCGGAAGCUUUGCGGGGGGCGGCCUCUCGGUGCAUGCCGCCCUGCGCUGCGGUGUGGCGGUCAGAGCGGUGAGUAGGACCGGGCUGGUCCGCAGGUGACUCCGGU